AUGGUGAUGUGGGAAAGGAGCCCAUCAGAUGGAAACAACAAGGGUCGUCGCAUAGCGCUGGUGGGCGUGGAUGCGCAGAAUUCAAGGCCCCCAGAGGAGCUUGUCCUUUUUGAUUUCCUGCUGCCAUGUCCUCAGAGUGCAGGGCACAUGGUGGCCAGUGGCGCCCUGGGAACCCUGGCCCCGGAUACAAGUGUGCGGGAGGAGUUCGUGGGCACUGAUUUCAAUUUGGGGGCCUUGCCCGAGGUGAGUGCCCUCCCCCUGCCGCGCAAGCGCGCCUUCAUCAACCCUGGUGGUGAGAAAGAGAAGCCCUUUCAGCUGUGCGUUUCUCCCAGGAGAGACUGCGGCCUUAUCCACAGCGGCUCUCACAACUGCCACCCAAACACCCGUCAUACCGCGACCGCCCAGGACCAGUCCGUGCCUCCCUCCCAUCUGGGGUUAAGUUGUUCUUAUCAUCAGCAGCCUCUGUGCCUCAACCCUGGACUACGAAGCCCUCAGGAGCCACAACUCAUUAGAAUUAGACUUAAGAAGGCAGACAGCAGAGAUAGCCCCACAGCCACCAACCAAAAGAGAAAGUGUUCUCAGGCACUGGAGGACCCCGGGGACUGUCAUGCUUUGGUCUAGGACACCAGACCGAUGACAAGUAGGAGUCACAGCAGCGAAAAGCAAGACCAUGACAGGGAGGGGCAGAAUGUGAUGCCUGCUGACCAGUGCUCUCCCGCUCUGAAGUGUCAGCUGUUUCAAAAUAUUCCUUGGUGUAGGUUAUUAAAUGGUCAUUUUUAAAAACUACCCAGUAUAGGCUACCGAGUUGUCACAGACAAAGGACUUAAUUUUUCACCGGCAGAUGAAACUUUUGGUUGCCAAAGGAAGAACCAUUUUCAGAUAACCAUCCAUAUCCAAGUUUGUGGAAGUCCAAAAUUUGUCAAAACCCAAAUGGGCCUAAAGGCAAUAGAAAUGUUUUACUUAAAAGUUUUUGGGGUUAAGGUAGAAGCCACCAAUCAAGUAAUUGCUAUUGAACAACCCCAAGCAAAUAGAAGCAAAAAGAUUUUCAAUCCUGUUAAAAUUGACUUACUGGCCAACCAAGUCACCAAAGUAACAUUGGGCCGACCACACUUCAGUGAAACCACAGCAAAUAACGUGAGAAAGAAGGGAAAACCAAAUCCGGGCCAGAGAUUUGAAAGUGACAGAGAUACAUUAUGGCAGCAAGCACAAGUUCCAGAAUCUGUUGCCUGUCAUGGCCUAGUGGGAAUAAACACAGAUGCGCUGGACAAAGCCCUUGUUGUCUGUGGCAACAUGAAAGUGAUGGGGACAAUUAUGCGUCCCUCUGACAGCCAGGCAAAGCAGAAUAUCCAGGAGGUUGACCCAAAUGAACAGCUGAGAAGAAGAGCCCAAAUGAGGAUCGCUGAGUAUGACUACAAACUGGCAUCUGCAAUGAGGAUAAACACUGCCCAUCAAACAGAAAUGAUUGCCCAGGAGGUGUGAGAGAUCCUGCCCAGAGCGAGAGAGGUGGGUGAUGUUGCCAGCGAAAAUGGAAGGGCGCUGGAGAACUUGCUCGUGGUCCAUAAGGACCAGAUCUUUAUGGAAAAUGUAGGUGCAGUGAAGCAGCUCUGCAAACUAACCAACAACCUUGAAGAAAGAAUAGAGGAGUUAGAAAUAUGGAACUGAAAGCUGGCCAGGCUAAAGCAGCUCAAUUGGAAGUCCUCAGCCAGUGAAGCCAGCUCGGUCAGCAAAUUUAGCAGAGCCGUUAGCACUCCUCCAAGAAGGACCAUUUCAAAAAAAACCCAACAAGGUUUAUUUUGCAGGAAAAAAUGGUGGUGUCCUAACUGGGUUUUCCAGACCUUGGUUAUAACUCUUAUUGCUGUGAUGACAUUUUGUGCCUUGACGAUAGUCUCCCUUUACAUACUUAGCUUAAAAGAUCAAGACCAACGUGCUCCAAAUCUCCUUCCGAGCAAUAUCCGAAGCUCUCAGGAGCUGCUGCCCACAGCUUCCUCCUCCUCAGCACCUACGAUGACAUCUCUGGCAAUCACACAAUCCUCCUGCCAAAUGCCAGAAAUCACUUUCUGUGAGAUCCUGCCAUGUCAGGAGAUUUAUUGCUGCCCUGUCUGGGGAACAAGAAGAGUCCUCUCAAGUCCUGUGUAAUGGUAGUCCAAGGAAAUGGAACCUCAUCAGAGGUUAUGGGCAGCAGACAGAAGCACAUCAUUCCUGGCAGGAGACGAGCUAACCAACCCCGACUGGGGGAGUGACUGGGUUGGUACAAUCAUCAGUUCUAUGUAGAUGAUGGAAAUCCAGCAAAUAACAGAUCGCCAGUAUUGUGUGCAGAGCUGCCAGUCUGGAAAUUACAAUUACGAUAUUCCUGUUAAUAAGCACCCACCCACCAAUGCCAAAUUCUCUCUGGGAAUCAUUACAACGGAGCCAUUGAUAGUCUUCCAGUGCAACUUAACCCUUGGAAAUAUUUGUUUCCAGAGGAAAAGGGAAGCUGAAGGGAUGCAGAACUACCGAGAAGUCUCCCAGGAGAUGACACAGGGAUGUCAGCACAUUUGGAGCCUCCCUGUAGCUCUAUUCUGGGAUAGCACGUACCGUUUCUGUGUAGCUGCACUGGAGUUAGCUGGCUGUUCAAUGGACCCUUAUCUUGCUGGGAUAUUCUUUACAGAUUACUUUUUUUACUUCUCUUGA